GAAAAUAUAUCUGGGAAAAUCGCGAAAGACUCUCGCUCUCUUCCAGCACUCCUCUUGUGUCAACUGUCAAUUCGCGGUUGAUACUUAUGUUUGUACGCGGAAUAUUUGACAAGCCAGUGACUCCGAUGUUAAAUAUUUGUAAAUCACGUAUCCGCACUUCGUUUACGCAUACAUGGCAUAGGAACGUCGUACGGUGUAUUUGAAAGAGUGUUAUAUACGUAAAGUAGGUAUAUCCUUCUAUUAUACAGCAGCCCAGCUACGGCGCAUUUUCCAGUGUUCUUGACCGUCUGCGUAUAUUGACGUCCGAGGCAAAUGUCAGUCGUCGACUUUUCGUAAAAAGAUACAAGUUCGGAAAGUUCGUUCGCCAAAUAAUGGAAGCGCAAGUGCAGUACAAAGGUUCUGCAACUCCGGUCAGAGAUGUCAGCAAGAAUCAGACACCACCUACACUUCUUUCAAGCUUACGAAGCGUACUUUUUGUAAUUGGAACGGUUCUCGUAGGAUUUGCUGCUGUUUGCAACUCACUUACUUGGCACUUGCAGAGGUUUUGGGGAGCCUCAGGUGAUUUCUGGCAAGCACAAUGGGACAAAAUCUUGGAUACCAUUGGAGAAGAUCCCAUGAAUUUAUGGGUUUUUGGGUCCAUGGGGCUGACCUUGGUGGUCUACUGGUUGUUCGGUGGAAUUUACACCCUUCUAGAUAUCACUAAUCGUCCAGCUGCGUUAAGGCGUUAUAAAAUUCAACCAGGCACCAACGAACCGGUUGAUACCCGAGAACUGUGCAAAGUUAUAGCUCAGGUUCUGUUCAACCAGAUCGUUGUUGGCUUGCCGUUUGCGUAUUUGACCUUCAAGCUAACAAAAUGGCGAGGAUAUCCAGACAUGAGAGAACUGCCAACCUUCCACUGGGUACUGGCGGAAAUUGCCAUACACAUUUUAUGCGAAGAGAUAGGAUUUUACUAUUCUCAUAGACUACUCCAUAGCCGCUACUUGUACAAGCACAUUCACAAACAACAUCAUCAAUGGACAGCCCCGAUAGCGGUGACCGCUCUUUACUGUCAUCCACUGGAACAUAUUGGGUCUAAUCUAAUUCCACCAUUCUUGGGAGUCUUUAUCGUAGGCUCCCAUGUUGCAACUGCUUGGCUUUGGUUCUCUUUGGCCAUUCUGUCAACUCUCAAUGCUCACUCUGGUUAUCAUUUACCAUUCUUCCCAUCGCCGGAGGCUCAUGAUUUCCACCACUUGAAGUUCAACCAAUGCUUCGGCGUUCUUGGAGUAUUGGAUCGUUUACAUGGCACUGAUACCCAGUUCCGUGAUUCAAGAGCUUAUGCUCGACAUGUUAUGAUGCUCAGUCUGACCCCACCGCGAGAGGCCUUUCCCGAUCAAGCAAAAUACAAAUCUAAGUAGUUUGUACUGUGUAUCAGACAAUGUUUCGACUUCGGCAGUAGCAAUUCUGUCAUUACUUUGGUAGAAGGGCAAUUUCAUUGGUCAGAUUUUACCGUUAUAUAUAUUAUAUUUUUCAAACACAUCUUGUUGCUCACAAUUUAUCGAAUGUACUGAUAAGAAUUGGUGACAGGGCCCACAAUUUUGUCUUCUCCACAAAUUGUCCACAAUUUUCGAUUCUCUCUGUGUUUUCGCGGAACAACGGGUCAACGUUUUAAUAACACUGAUAGAAGGUGAAUAAAGCUCAUUUAAAAAAAUUGCCUUUGACAACAAGAUAUUGUUGUUUGAAGAAGAUUCAUUGAAAGAAAUUAUACGGAUUUACACAUACUCCGUUUAAUGAAAAAAUCUAAUUACGAAAGAAAACUCUGUUGAUUCUGAUCAGACUCCAUCCACUUUAUUGCCUUCAUGCCAUAUUACCCACCUAUGAGCCAGCUCGCUAUGCUAUAUUUCGUUAAGCGGAGUAUAGUUGAUAUACAUUAGUUAAAAUAGUCAUCGGUCACCAUACUACCUAUAAUGUCAAAUGACGUACCUAUGUAUACAAUUUAAAAACCGAGCGUAUAAAAUAAUUGAAAAAUAUGUGUCUAUAAGAUAGUGAAGCACAUGUGAUAUAUACUGUGUACAUAUGUGCGUAUAUACAUGUACUGUGUAUAUACACGUGUGUGUGUAUA